CAGUACGAUCGUGGUGCAAAUUCGCGAGAGAUGCAGAUUUACUCUCUAUUUUCAACUUCAAAGAGGAAUCGCAGAUAAAUAUUCACUGCUUAUGUUGCUUAUCUUUUGACGUUUCGUCCAGUUUCGUCAAAUUGCCGUCAUUCACCUCCCUUGACCAAAACAAUGGCGGGUUCUGCGCUAAGACGAUUAAUGGCAGAGUAUAAACAGUUAACCUUAAACCCACCCGAAGGCAUUAUCGCUGGCCCUGUCAACGAGGAGAACUUCUUCGAAUGGGAAGCUUUGAUCACUGGACCAGAAGGAACAUGCUUCGAAGGUGGUGUAUUUCCAGUAAAGUUGAUAUUUCCACCAGAUUACCCACUGAGUCCACCAAAAAUGAAGUUCACCUGUGAGAUGUUUCACCCAAAUAUUUACUCAGAUGGAAGAGUAUGUAUAAGCAUAUUACAUGCACCUGGUGAUGAUCCCAUGGGUUAUGAAAGCAGUGCAGAAAGAUGGAGUCCGGUUCAAAGUGUAGAAAAAAUAUUGUUAAGUGUGGUAAGUAUGUUAGCAGAGCCAAAUGAUGAAAGCGGGGCGAAUGUUGAUGCUGCUAAAAUGUGGAGAGAGGACCGCUCGGAAUUCGAGAAAAUUGCUCUAAAACUAGUUAGAAAAUCCCUUGGUAUUCCACCGUAAAUUAAGAUGUUUGCUACUUAAUUAAACUCUGAACUGUAAUUAAAGUGUCAACAAUAAGUCAGUGCAAAAUACAUACU